AUAGGCUAGACAGAUAUAACACUGAAGCAAAUUUAAUUAGCUGGGGAGAGAGAACAGUAGCAGAGUUGUAACCUCAUCAUGUCAAGCAGUGAAAUCACAUUGUUCCUCUUGUUUCUCAACAUCUCUCUCUUCCCAGCCAUCUCUUCUCUGAACCAAGAAGGUCUCUUUCUCCUCUCAUGGCUCUCAACAUUCAAUUCAACCUCUUCUGCAACCUCCUUCUCUUCCUGGAAUCCAACCCAUCAAAACCCAUGCAAAUGGGACUACAUCAAGUGCACCAGAUAUGGCUUUGUUUCCGAAAUCACAAUCAGCUCAAUCAAUCUUCCAACCACCUUCCCUACUCAGUUCAUCUCCUUCACCUUCCUCACAACCCUUGUCAUCUCCUACACCAACCUCACCGGAGAAAUUACGCCUUCAGUGGGAAACUUCUCAUCACUGGUCACUCUAGACCUCAGUUUCAAUGCUCUAACAGGAAGAAUACCACCUGAAAUCGGAAAAUUAUCCCAACUGCAGCGACUAUCGCUUAGUUCAAAUUCAAUAAAAGGUGAUAUUCCAACAGAAAUCGGGAACUGCUCAAAGCUGCAACAGCUUGAGCUGUUUGAUAACCAACUUUCCGGGAAAAUUCCAGCAGAAAUAGGACAGUUAUGGAGUCUAGAAAUUUUUCGUGCCGGUGGGAACCAGGGGAUUCAUGGAGAAAUCCCAAUGCAGAUAUCAAACUGCAAAGGACUAGUUUUUUUGGGCCUUGCAGAUACUGGGAUUUCUGGGCAGAUUCCAAAUAGUAUAGGGGAGUUGAAAAAUCUGCAGACACUUUCAGUCUAUACUGCAAAUCUUUCUGGUGAAAUUCCACUGGGAAUUGGAAACUGCUCUGCUUUGGAAAAUUUGUAUGUUUAUGAAAACCAAAUUUCAGGUGGAAUUCCUAGUGAAUUGGGGUUGCUGAAAAAUCUCAAAAGGCUGCUUUUAUGGCAGAACAAGCUAACUGGGACCAUCCCAGAAGCUAUAGGGAAUUCUUCAGGCCUGACAGUAGUCGAUUUUUCUCUGAAUUCUCUGUCUGGUGAGAUUCCCUUGUCUCUGGCAAAAUUAGGUGCAUUGGAGGAGCUUCUGUUGUCUGACAACCACAUAACCGGCAAAAUCCCGGAAUUCAUUGGCAGCUUUCCAAGGCUGAAGCAACUUGAAUUGGACAACAACAUGUUUUCUGGUGAAAUUCCAUCAAGCAUUGGGAAGUUGAAGGAGCUUUCUCUGUUCUUUGCUUGGGAGAAUCAGCUUCAUGGUAGCAUACCACAUGAGCUGGCCAACUGUCACAAACUUCAAGCAUUGGACCUUUCACACAAUUCUCUCAGUGGGUCAGUUCCAACUCCUCUCUUCAAUCUCAAGAACCUGACUGAAUUGCUGCUGAUAUCAAAUGAGCUUUCCGGUGGACUUCCACCUGAAAUCGGCAAUUGCACGAGCCUGAUUCGUCUACGGCUGGGAUCAAACAUGUUUACUGGCCAAAUUCCACCAGAAAUUGGGCUGUUGCAUAGUUUGAGCUUCCUUGAAUUGGCAGAAAAUAGAUUCACCGGUGAAAUUCCUUCGGAAAUUGGCAGCUGCGCUCAACUAGAGAUGAUUGAUUUGCAUGAAAAUGAGCUCCAAGGCCUAAUUCCUUCCUCUUUUGAAACUCUUCUUGAACUCAAUGUUUUAGACCUUUCAAUGAACAAGCUAUCAGGAGCAAUUCCUGAUAAUUUGGGCAAGCUUAUAUCAUUGAACAAACUUGUACUGAAAGGAAAUUACAUCACCAGUUUAAUUCCUAAAUCACUAGGCUUCUGUACAGAUUUGCAGUUGUUGGAUAUUAGCCAAAACAGGAUUGGGGGUACAAUUCCUGAUGAGAUUGGUCAAUUGCAAGGCUUAGACAUCUUGUUAAACUUGAGUUGGAAUCUUCUAACAGGUCCAAUCCCUGAAGGCAUUUCAAAUCUUUCAAAGCUUGCCAGUUUGGACCUCUCUCACAACAUGUUAACAGGAAGCCUGAGAGCACUGGGCAGUCUUGACAAUCUUGUUUCCCUGAAUGUCUCAUACAACAAUUUCUCGGGUUUUCUUCCCGACACAAAGUUCUUCCAGGAUCUCCCUCCCACUGCUUUUCUUGGUAAUCCGGAGCUCUGCAUCAACAGAAGUGACUGCCACAUUGGUGGAAACCACCAUCUAUAUGGCACCCAAUCCAUUAGAAAUAUCACUAUACUUGUUGUGCUUGCUAUAUUUGCAACUACUACUAUUGUGACAGUUGUAGUAAUCUUAUUUAUCAGAGCUCGUGGCGCUGCACUUCACAGAAAUGAUGAAGAAGAUGGUUUGGAAUGGGACAUCACCCCAUUCCAAAAGCUGAACUUCUCUGUGAAUGAUAUUGUGACAAAGCUUUCGGAUUCAAACAUCGUGGGAAAGGGCUGCUCAGGAGUGGUUUAUCGCGUUGAGACUCCAAUGCAACAGGUCGUCGCAGUGAAGAAGCUUUGGACUACAAAGAAUGGCGAGCUUCCAGGGAGGGACCUGUUUGCUGCAGAAGUUGCAAUACUAGGAUCAGUGAGGCAUAAAAACAUAGUUAGGCUUUUGGGAUGUUGCAAGAAUGGAAGAAGUAGAUUGCUUUUGUUUGAUUACAUCAGUAAUGGAAGUUUGGCUGGAUUGCUCCAUGAGAAGAGGGUGUUCUUGGAUUGGGAUGCAAGGUAUAAGAUCAUACUGGGAGCUGCUCAUGGUCUGGCUUAUCUUCACCAUGAUUGUAUUCCUCGAAUUGUUCAUCGCGAUGUCAAGACCAACAACAUCUUGAUAGGACCACAGUUUGAAGCUUUUCUUGCAGAUUUUGGACUUGCAAAGCUUGUCAAUUCUUCGGACUGUUCAAGAGCUUCCAUUACAGUAGCAGGUUCCUACGGAUACAUAGCUCCCGAAUAUGGAUACAGUUUGAAGAUCACAGAGAAGAGUGAUGUGUAUAGCUAUGGCAUUGUGCUCCUAGAGGUCCUAACAGGAAUGGAACCAACUGAUCGGCGGAUUCCAGAGGGAGCCCACAUUGUCAGUUGGAUUAACCAAGAACUGCGCGUAAAACACAAAGAAUUCACAUCAAUUCUUGAUCAACAAUUGCUCCAGCGAUCCGGAACACAAACGCAAGAGAUGCUUCAAGUGCUUGGAGUGGCUCUACUCUGUGUGAAUUCUUGUCCAGAAGAACGCCCCACCAUGAAAGAUGUCACAGCAAUGCUUAACGAGAUCAGGCAAGAAAAUGAGGAUUUCGAAAAGCCAAAUUUUCCCGGGAAGGUAGUUCCCAAUCCAAGAGCAGCAGCUCAUUGUUCUAGUUUCUCGAGAUCAUCUGAACCUCUGAUUUGAUAUAUCUCCUACCUAAUAUUACUUACUCUAAAAUCCAGUAUUUUGAGUUGAUUGAUUCUUUACAAGUAAGGAAAUACUUGUAUACAUUAAUAAUAUUAUGAAGUAGCAAUGGUACUUAAUUAAUAUUCAUUGUAAAUUUGCAAAUCUACGAUGCUUCGUUUCAUCUGGGAUGUGUUCAGUUUUCUUCUUAUGACUUCCCACUAAAGUCAAGGAUUGGAGUUAAAAAGUUUAUAAUUUCAUACCAGCUCAAUAAUCAUAUAAAUGUGUUCUAUUAAAGAUGGAUUACAAAUUGAAGUGAAAGUCUUUCAGAAAAAAUUAAAAAAAAAAAAAAAAAAAAAAAUCAAA